AAUUUUCUUUUUUACGCACGCGUGACAACCCUAUUACUCAAGCCGUUGUUGUUCUUUUAAUUAAGCGAUUAUUAUUUAAAAAAAGGUACGCCCACGCCCUAGAAACCAAAACAAUCUGGACAUUUUCAAAGGAUAUAUCACAGGAUAACCCUUAAAAGCCAAAUAAGUUUGCGAUUGGAAAGUGUUUACAGUGUUUCCCGGUGUCUUCCCACAGCAACAUGGUAGUGCUGAGUUCCUGCUGGUCUCCUAUCAUUUGGUCGGAUAAUGUCCGGACGGGCAGUUACGCCGUGGCCGGCUAUACGGCUGCGCUAUCCGCCGUAAUGAUCACGCUGAUAUCUUAUAUGCUAGCAGGCGGGGAGUCUGCGCAACUCUAUUCCCCGCUCUUUGAGACGGAUAUCAGGUCAUCGAUGCCCGUGGCAGGUGGAUUCUUCAUCAUCUACUUCCUGCUGAUCAUCCUGUCCUCCUAUUUGGUCUACUACGGCAUUAAAAUCAGCACUCGAGGAUGGCUACUGCCUUGGUUGGGUCUCAUUGGUCUGGCAAUUCUCUUCCAGUUUUGCUGGAGCCUUUGGCUUAUCGGAGGCUACUAUAUUUAUCUGGAGCAAACCUUCUCGGCCCUUUUAAACUUUGUUUGGGUAGCCUAUAAUAUUUAUUGCUGGCUGGUGGUCUUCUCGCAGUACCAGAUAUUCCUGGAGAUCCAGAAUCCAAACAUUGAGCUGCUUAUGCCAUGAUGGGAAGGUUUCUUCGCACAAAAGCUCGAAUAAUCCAUUAGAAUACUUUUUGACUUGAAACGCAUCAGAAACUCCGUCCAUGCGCAUUUUUACAAUAAGAAUUCCGUACAAUUCCACAGAUGCCUACCAAAUAGUUUUAUAUAAAUUUAUAUAUUUUACACACAUUUAUACACGAUCAAUUAUACUAAUGUAUAAAUCGAAUGCCUUAGUCUGCUAAACGACAAUUAAACAGAUUCGUAAAACUA